AUGCAUGCGGUUGACAGGGUGUGUGAAGAAGUCGGCAUGCCUAGUUGUAGAUAUAUAAGUGAGGAGGUCUGCAAGAACAGCAGUAGAAAUUAUGAGAUUGCCAGGUUCAAAAUCAUGUCACCAACAACUUUAAUUCUUUUGAUAAUAGCCAUGGCAUCCACAAGAAGAAUGAUGGGACAUGUAAAAGCAUUAUGCUCUUCAAUAGGCCGUAAAGAAAUGCUUAUGUUUUUCUAUCUUUACUUUGGAGCCAUGGCAAUCGAGGCAUUUCUCGUGGGAUUUGGAUACUCUACUUCACAGCAAGUACAUCUAUUUCUGACCACAUUACAGGUAUCACUGUACACGUCUGCAUUCUUUGUACUGUUCUUAGGAUGCAUCACAAUUGACAUGUUCAUGGGUGUUUUUGGAAUACGGGUCACUACGCUGCUAAGAGGCACAACUGCACUAUAUUCAAUCGGAAUGGGAGCCAUGGUGUUUAUUGGCUUGAGCUCCUCGAAUAAGCAGAUUGCAUCUAUUCCAUUGAUAGUGCUGAAUAUGCUGUUUUUCUCAUUAUAUGUGCUACUGCAGCUGAAGAAGCUCAAAAAAAGAAACGGAGAAGUCUGGGCAUUUGGAACACUUUUCAUCUCACUAUCAUGCUUCAUAAUCGCAAACGUGUUCUUGUUUGUUGGGUCCGCAAUAAUAGGCAUUGCAACAAACAGAUACUUCGAUAACCUGUUUUUCUACCAUUUCUUCAUCCUUUGCACAUUUAUCAUGGUACAUAAGUACUGGCUGUCUGUAUACGACUACGAGGUUGAAUCAUUGCGCCUAGAAACAUAG